AUGGAGACCCGAAAAGUAGACGCAAAGUCCAAGUCCAAGAGGAUCAUCACCCCGGCCCGACGGGACCAGAAUCGGCGCGCGCAGAGGGCUUAUCGGCAACGACGGAGAGAGUUUUUGGCCGAAAAGCAAGCGCAGGCUGGUUCAAGAGAUCUGAGACCUGCGCCUGCGCCUAUCCCGGAUGAUACUCCGACGAAAAGUCUGCACAUAGCUAGAAAGACCUUGCCGGCAAUGCUUACGGUAGAUCAUUUCUUUCUUCCAUGUAAUCCGUCUAGCAAAAGCAAUACGGAAGAGACCGCCAGAGAUGAAAUUCCACCACCCCUAUUCACCACGUACACCCUCCUCCUCACAGCCUGCGUCUACAAUGCCGCAGCCCUAGGCAUCAGCGUCGACCAGUUCUCCAGCUACAACUGCAUGUCACUGUGCUCGCCUUUCUACCGGCCGUACACCCCCAUGUCGGCCGAUCCGUCAUCACUCCUAGCUGCAGCUACAGUUACUCGCCCAGCUAUCCCGGUUCAUCUCCGCCCGACUCUCCCCCAGAUCCUCUUCCCGCAUCAUCCGCUUUUUGAUCUCCUUCCGCUGCCGGCGCUGAGAGCAAAAGCGAUUACCUUUGCUGCUACCGCACCAUCACUUCUCGAUGCGGUCGAGUUUAAGCGAGAUAUUGUCGAGAGAGGAGGGAUCGUAUGCUCGUCUGAGUCUGUCGGAGGUAUGCAGCCGUGGGAUAUGCGCGCUUGGACUAUUGCGCCGUGGUUUAGGAGGAAGUGGAGGGUACUCUCUGAGUCUGAGGACCUCGCGUAG